CAUCUCUCCCAUAUCAUCAUUAGUCAUUCUCCUUUCUUCUCAAUCAUAAAAUUUUUCUCUCUAGAAAUUCUAGUUUUCUUUGUCUCUGAUAAAAUAAAAAAUGUCAGGAAGAGGAAAGGGAGGAAAAGGGUUGGGAAAGGGAGGAGCCAAGAGGCACAGAAAAGUAUUGAGGGAUAACAUUCAAGGAAUUACGAAGCCUGCAAUUCGCCGUCUUGCUAGAAGAGGAGGUGUAAAGCGUAUCAGUGGGUUGAUUUAUGAAGAAACUCGAGGUGUUCUUAAGAUCUUUCUCGAGAAUGUCAUUCGUGAUGCUGUAACUUACACUGAGCACGCUAGAAGGAAGACUGUUACUGCUAUGGAUGUCGUUUAUGCUUUGAAGAGGCAAGGAAGGACUUUGUAUGGUUUCGGAGGUUAAUCAGUUUGGGGAUUUAGGUUUUCUGGGAUGAUAGUUCUGAUUCUGGUAUGUUGUAAGUGUUAGGCCUUGUUUAGAUUGUUGUAGAUCGAGAUUAAGUUGUCUUAGUAUGUUUCGUUAUCUUAAUUUAGGCUUUCAAAAUGUAAUUGAUGGUCUAUGGACGAAUUAAAUGAAUAUCCCAAUUCAAUCAA